UUUUCAGUUGUGCGACGCUGUGUCAAACUUUGCACUGGACAUGAAUACGCAGCAAAGAUUAUCAACACCAAGAAGCUCUCAGCAAGAGAUCACCAGAAGCUGGAGCGAGAAGCUCGCAUCUGCCGUCUCCUGAAGCAUUCCAACAUUGUUCGCCUCCAUGAUAGCAUAUCCGAGGAAGGAUUCCACUACCUCGUCUUUGAUCUGGUCACAGGCGGUGAGCUCUUUGAAGACAUUGUUGCCAGAGAAUACUACAGUGAAGCUGAUGCAAGUCAUUGCAUCCAGCAGAUCCUGGAGGCUGUUCUCCAUUGCCACCAAAUGGGGGUCGUCCACAGAGACCUCAAGCCGGAGAACCUGCUUUUGGCCAGCAAAUGCAAAGGAGCAGCGGUGAAAUUGGCAGAUUUUGGCUUGGCAAUUGAGGUGCAAGGAGACCAGCAGGCCUGGUUUGGCUUUGCAGGUACUCCUGGCUAUCUUUCUCCAGAAGUUCUACGCAAAGAAGCUUACGGGAAACCUGUGGAUAUCUGGGCAUGUGGUGUUAUUCUUUACAUCUUACUGGUGGGUUAUCCUCCUUUUUGGGAUGAGGAUCAGCACAAGCUGUACCAACAGAUUAAGGCUGGUGCCUACGAUUUUCCUUCCCCUGAAUGGGACACAGUCACUCCUGAAGCAAAAAACCUCAUAAACCAGAUGCUAACCAUCAAUCCUGCAAAGAGAAUCACAGCACAUGAAGCUCUGAAACAUCCAUGGGUCUGUCAACGUUCGACAGUGGCCUCAAUGAUGCACAGGCAGGAGACUGUAGAGUGUCUGAAAAAGUUCAAUGCAAGAAGGAAGCUCAAGGGUGCCAUUCUUACCACUAUGUUGGCAACAAGAAACUUUUCAGUGGGCAGACAGACCACCGCUCCUGCCACAAUGUCUGCAGCAGCAGCCUCCGGUGCCACCAUGGGGUUGGUGGAGCAAGCAGCUAAGAGUUUACUGAACAAGAAAGCGGACGGCGUGAAGCCUCAGACAAACAGCACCAAAGGCAGUGCCGGAGUUACCAGCCCGAAAGGAACCCUUCCUCCAGCCGCACUGGAACCUCAAACCACCGUUAUCCAUAACCCAGUGGACAGCAUUAAGGAAUCAUCCGACAGCACAAACACCACCAUAGAGGAUGAGGACACGAAAGUUAAAAGCACUGAUAAUGAGCUUGUAAAAAGUCAAGUGAAUUCAGGAUCUGUCCCUGAACUUCUUCCCAGUCUGCAGACGUCUGUGAUGUCAUCUGCUGCUGCUGCCAUCACUGCUGCUUCUUCCAAGCUCUCUGAUGUAUUAGGCCUGGUGAAAAAGGGAUCAGGUCCCCCAGUUGCUGAAGACCCAACAACUUCUUCACCCUGCAUAUCUCCAGCUAUUACAAGCCCUCUCCCUCCCCAGUCUGCUAAACUGUCUGAUGUAUUAGGCCUGGGGAAAAGGGGUUCUGGACCCCCUGAUGCUGAAGAACCAAAGCCUUCCAUUACCUUGCCUACCCCAUCCACGGGGGUUGCUAAUCCUCUUCCUUUCCAGUCUGCCAAACUCUGUGAUGUAUUAGGCAUGGUGAAAAGGGGCUCUGCGCCUCCAGAAAGUGAAGAGCCAAAGACCUCCACCCCCUUUUCUGGGCCACCUUCUAUUGUCACCAAUCCUCUUUCUCCCUCAUCCUCCAAGUUGUCUGAUGUCCUAAGCAUGGUGAAAAGGGGCUCUGGAGCCCCAGAAGCUGAAGGGCCACAGCCUGCUGUCACCCAGAUUUUCCCAUUUCCACCCAUUGUUAACCCUCUUCCUUCAGAUCCCCGCAAACAGGAAAUAAUCAAGAUAACGGAGCAGCUGAUAGAGUCUGUGAACAAUGGCGAUUUUGAGGCCUAUGCGAAAAUAUGUGAUCCAGGCCUAACUUCAUUUGAACCUGAAGCACUGGGCAAUCUUGUUGAAGGGAUGGACUUCCACAGAUUUUACUUUGAAAACUUGUUAUCUAAGAACAACAAGCCCAUUCACACAACCAUCCUGAACCCUCAUGUGCACGUCAUUGGGGAAGAUGCUGCCUGCAUUGCCUACAUCCGCCUGACACAGUACAUUGAUGGGCAGGGCCGUCCUCGCACUUGCCAGUCCGAAGAGACCCGCGUCUGGCACCGCCGGGAUGGCAAGUGGCAGAAUGUUCACUUCCACUGCUCGGGAGCUCCGGUGGCCCCUCUCCAGUGAAGAACUCACGCUGGCUGUUCUGAUUUCAUCUGGAAGGAGAUGGUGAUUUCAGCUGAGCCACUAGCCGGGAGCAGCAAUGACAAGCACGCGCCCGCAUGCUCGUGUCCCCCGUUCCCCGUCCUUCCCCUCUUUCAUUUCCAGUGCCUGUGUUUGCAAAGAGAGAGAGAGACAGAGAGACAGAGAAACAUAUAAGAAAAAAAAAAUCCAAGUAGACUUGAUUAUUUAAAAACAAAAAAGCAAACCCAGCCAAACCCAUUCAGCUGUCAGACUUGCAGCCUCACCAUAAUGCACUCACCAUCCCUACCAACUCCAUUUUUUUUUUUUUUGGUGUGCAGCUGUUCAAGUGACCAGGUGUUGCAGUGAAAAAUGUCUCAACUUCAAAAAACAAAGGCCCCACCUCCUCCCUGUAUCAAUCCCGGUGUUGAACAGUGUUUGUUUAGUGAAUACACACAUACACACACACUAAAUUUACCAGACCUUGGUUCAGCGGGCUUCAGAUGCAGUGGACAAAAUCUGUCCAUGCACUUUUUGCAUCUGCUCCUUUACCAUUUGACCCACGUGUAAAAUACACAUUUGCCAUUUUACACAUGUAUUAAAAAUACUGCAUUUUACAAUUUUUUAGAUAUCAUGAACAUCCCUUCCCCCAUUAGUCUGUUAAAUCAAGAAUUUAUUGUAUAUAUGUGUGUCUGUGUGUGCGCGUGCACACACACAUACACAAAACCAGAUACAGAGCCCCUUUUUAUAGUAUUUGCAUUCUCUGCCAAAAGUAUGGGCCUUUUUCUUCAGUGAUUGUGUUCGCGCUUGGAAGUCUGUGAUCAGUGCUACCAUUUCAUUUUGAAAAAGACACUCCCAGACUGAUUCAUUUUCUUUCUCCUGUAACUAUGGUUGUGGAUUAUGACGAUGGUAAUUAUCCAGCCUCUUCAUUUAAUUUGUUUUUUCCUCUGAAUAGAGGGGGAUCCUGUUGAUGGUGGAGGGGUUUUGCUUUCUGGGCUCCUCCCAGGCCAACACCACUGCCAAUGAUUCUCUGGUAGGCUGAUGACUGCACCCAUCCUGGCAGGUAAAUGAAAGAUAGCAUAGCCUUGGAGUUAUAUAUAGGCCUCGCUGCAGAUUUUUGGAUAUCUGCAUUCUCAUUAGCACUCACAUUUACUAACAUCUUGAUCCUGUUCUCUCAACAAGGGCUACCAACACUGGAGUUGUUGUACUUGUGCCCCUACCAUGGUUUAUUAUUGGGGCAGGGAUUGCCCUUGCUUAGUGGGACUGGCUGGGAAGUUGUAAUGUUGCUUAAAAUAGCUAGUGAGAAAAGAGUCAACACUACUAAAUCUCAGCCUUUUCUAGUGCUGGGAAACUAACUUUCUAUCCAGCAGAAAAAGGAAGAGAUGUUUUCUUACCCUCUGUAAAAGCUCAGCCCCACUUUCUCUCAUUCCUCUUCAACUUCCAUAGAAAGUAUAUUAAUUUAGAAGAUGAAAGGAAUAGAAAGUCAAUACUUUGGGGGGUGGGGGAUCUGCUUGAAGUUCUUAUCAGCCUAGAAGAAAGAGAGCUGGUUAGCUAAAGUUGCAUAUCCCAUUCAUUCAUCUUCAUUCUCUCUCUCUCUCUCUCUCUCUCCUGUGAAUUUACCUGCAAAGAGAGCUGAUUGACAGCAAACUUUGAGAAAAUUGCUCUUGGGAGUGGGUAAAAGCACUUCAGGGAGCUCUAGAUUCAGGAGCUGACUCAACAGGUGGCCCCAAACAAGUGAAACCAAAAGGGGCAAUUCUCCCCAUGGACCAAGCCGUAGCAGAAAGAGAUGGAAGGUGGCGUUGUGGGGUCUUUCAUUGGCCAAGGCCAGUGUGAACUGUGUCAGAUGUUGUGGAGAAGCUGCUAGUGCCAGCUUCAGCUGCACCAGGUCCCAGUGGAAGAUGUAAAGCAUUGUCUUCUGCCCACUACAUCUUCAUGCCAGGAGGCUCACAUUGGCCAUAACAGAUGUACAGUGUGGCAUAUGCCAGAAUGUAUUAAUAAGAAAGCUCUGUUUUCUUCUAAUGGGCUGUUUCCCCCCAUCUUUUAAUAUUCAUAAAGGAGACACCCCCCUCCCCCAAUUCCUUGCUCAGUAUCCCACAGCCUAAACUCCCUUUGGUUUCCUAGCAUGCAGUGGUUAAUUAGAUCCUUGUAGCCAUGAGGGCAGUUGAGCGGUUCCUCGUGGACCAUGGCUAGAGGAAUAGGUUUUGGGGGCCUGAAAUACCUUGCUGCAAUGAACAUGGCAUAAACCUAUAUUUUGACAAGUGUGAAAUUCACAGUAUUGUUUCCUGCCGGGAGAUAUUUCAAGGCAAAGUUUAAUUAGUUGAUUGCUGGGAAGGGAUUUUCUAAUAAUUUCUCUAGAAGUUGGGGAAAGAAAUGGGGACACAGAGAAAAGUGGCCAUCCUGUGCACAUUUCCUGUGAAGCAAGUUGAUUCAUUAGGCUUUACUUCUGAGUUGCUAUGUGAAGGAUUGGGCUGCAUAGCAUCAGUUAAUAAUGGGAAAUCAAGUCAGCUGAUGUCAAGAACCGGAUACUUAGAACUGGGCAAAUGCACUGGGUCUUUUGAAAUCCUACUUUCCUUACCCAUUUAAAGCUUGAAGGCUGUUUGGCCAGUCACGUGGACUUCUUGUUGACACUCCUGUUUUGUAGCUUGUUCCCAAUCAUCCUGUUGGUUAGUUAAAUGGUAAAUUCUUGGUGUAUAUGGCUCCAGGGAUAAUAGGACUUCAUGUGGAGGAAGACAGAUCCCAUGUUGCAAUUUCUGCUUCAACUUUUGAAUAGUUAGAUGUAUCUGAAAUAUUUGCCCAAAACGAGGCUGAGAAGAAUCCUUCCUGUAUGCUGUAGAUGCUAAGAAAGGCUCUUCUCUGUGAUUCUCUUACCUCACCUGCGCCCAUCUGUGGGCUUUGCAUUAUCUCUCAGUGGUGGAUGUUCCCAUGUGUGUCAUACAGGCGGAUUCCUCUGAUUUGGAGGAGUUUAGUUCCCUUUCAUAUAUUCAAACAGUACUCAGAAAAUAUGCAUGCAGAAAAUACAGUUGUUUCUAACUUUUUUUUAUUCCAGAGAUAGUAGAACUUAGUGACCGAGCUAGGUCUUCAAAUUUUUAUAAAGGGAUCUUAUCAAAAAUUACAUAGCAAAUGUUAGUUUACUAUACUAGAACAGGACUGGCAAACAAGUGCCAUAUGAGGUCUGUCAGGAAUGAAAAGAGUGUUAGCCACUAGACUGCACUGCCUCCCUUUCACGAUAAAGAUGAGAGCAAAAGCAGUGUUCUUAGGUAUCAAAGGCUUUCCCCUUUCUAUAAAUUACAGUUUUUGCCUUCUGUGGAACUUCUAUUGCCAAAACAAGCAUGUUGAUUUCUUAGGGCUGUUGAUUGCAGAAGAAGAUUGUUGAUAGCUUAGGCUACACAGGGAAUCCACUAUAAGUGAUUUGAGCUAAAAAUAAUUGGGAAGGCAGUGCUGCUUUUGGAAAGAAAGGCGGAAAUGCUAUUUUGCAUAACACAAAAAAUUUACAGUUUAGGGGCUGAAAAUCCCAAAAGAGAGGUUUUUUAAGUAGAUAAAACAGUUUUUUGCAGUCUCUCAAUCAAUAUGCACCGUCACCUGACUUCCCCAAGUAUCUAUUGCUUUAUGAUUUUGUGUAAAUAGUAUUAAUUCAGCAUUUCAGUCUGAUGUAAAUAAUGCAAAAUUCCAAUCCCAGUGUUGUUUUCAAGACUCACACAAAUAGGUCUGUAGUGAUAGAAAUGGGUGAAUGUAACCACGUUCAAAUGCAUUUCUCUUUUUCUAAUCUAACAUUUGUUAUGUCAUCUUUCCCCAUAUCAGUUUAUGAUUUUUCACGUACAAUUUUGUGCAUGGUUUUAAAUAUAUUUUCCCUUAGAUAUAAAUGAGGGGUAAGUGAUUGUUGGCUCUUGGGCAGUUGAUUCUAACUGAAAAUAAUUGUUUUUCCAGGCACAAGUCAUACAGAGUUUUCUUAACUAGAUUUAUUGAAGGGAAAGAGAUAACAUUACAAGGAUUUCAGCAACUAAACUAUUUCCUAUUAGAACCCAUUUAUCUCCCAAGACAUAAAGGUGGGCCCUUCUGUCUUCUCUUUCUAACAGCUUUUUGGUGAACUGGCAAGGAAGUAGAUCUUUUUACUGAUCAUGGAUGGGCUGGUAGGUAUCUGCUUACAGAACCGUUUCUUCAGCCUGAAAGUUUUGGUGUCCUUUCCCACAAUCCUCUGAUUCUCAACAUUUGCAAUAUAACAACCCACUAAAUGAUUAAUGUAUUUAUGUGCCUCCUCAAUGAAUAAGGUAAUUUCAUUGGGAUUAGGGUCAGGCAAGAAUAAACUUGACACUUUUCACAAUUAAAAUUUAACUUAAAUAAAACCACAGAACUAUGCUAGGUUGUAAAAUAAAAUGGAUAAAAUACUAAAUGUCACUCAUAUAAUCACUUCUACAGAUACCUCAGAGGUUGUGGCUACAGUACUACCUGCCACACUGACAGAGAUGCCAGAGACACAUGAAUAUUUCUAGGAGAAGCUGAACUGAGUAGAUUGCCAAUAUUGAGUUAUAAUUGGUCAGAUGAUCAAUAGAUGUUAAUGAUACUUUCCAGAAAUUAGAGUUUUGUUUAUUUCAGCUGUAUUAAUUGAAAUUCACACUACUUCGUUAUAAUCAACACAAAUUAUAAACCCUUUCUAUUGUUAACCUAAUGAUGGAUUGUAAUGUUUAAAUUUAAACAUUUUGUAAAAUAGCUGUAUAUUACAAAAAUUAUUUCAAAAUAACAUUCUAUAAUUUAAACAGUAAUUUAAAUAAUAAAAUAUUGCUGGUGGAUCAUAAAUCCCCUGUGCCACCACAGGUAGAAAAUCAAUUAUGUAAGCUUAGUACUGCUUACAAGUCUAAGCUCAACUACUAUGCAUGAGCCAAAAUUAUAAAAAAACAAACCCCGGGGGAUUAUAAUAGACUUUUGAGGACCCUAUCCUUAUCUGUGCAUUUCAGUGUGCAUUUCUUAAGCUACAACUGUCAUGCAAAAUUCAGAAAUGUGCUUUGAUAUAUAAAUCAUCAGGUUCGUAUAGUGACUCAGGAAGUGUGGAUUUGGUAAGUUUAUAUUAAAAUGUGAAGUGAAGAAGCUGCUCUCCCACCCCUCAUCUGUGGGGACCUCUUGUUUUGAACAAGAGUAUCUGUCAUCCAUAUAUGUGAGGGGAAUAGGUGUGACCCCCUUCUAUUCUUGCUUGUCCAGCUAGAAGAAUUCUGCCAUUUUCUGAAGGCAGCAACAACAGUGGUGACUCUCAGUUCCCACUACAGUUAGGUCAUUUCCAAUGAAAUAUUUUUGGUUGAUCUCAGCAACCUUGGAAGUACUAUAAAGUAACCGUGAUCAUUGUUCCUUGUCACCACUGUAGAUUGGGCAAGAAAAACUGAGUGGAGUUACAUUAUAAAACUCUAGGUUGAAGAAUAUUCCUCUUAGUAUAACUUGCAGUUAGGUCAUUUCUUCUAGAGGAAAGGAUUUCAAGCUAAUAUGGCUGUAGGACAGGUAUUCACUUUGUAUGGGAUGAGGUAUGGUAUGGUGUGCAUAGCCAAAGGAAAAUACACAAUUCCUAUCAUUAGUCAUUCAUAAACGGCUUGGAAUAUGAGCACAGGUUAGUAGCAGUUUAUUCAUCCCUCUGCAAUAGUUAGGAACCACUGCAUUUUUUAUACCCAGGAUAGACAACGUGGUACCUUCCAGAUGUUUUAGACUUCAGCUCCUAUCAGUCGAAUAACUGUGGCAGGUGGCAAGUGAUGAUAGCUACUGUAAACCAAAUAAUCUAAACCAGAUGAGCAGCCUCUGCAUUAUCCUUUUUGAAGGACAUUUCAGUGGAUUCUUUAAACUCUACAGAAUAGGAACUUUGGAGUGAGUAGGUCAGCACUAAAUAGUCUUCCAUUUGCAUCAGUGAUCCUUAAGAGGGUUUCACUGGCAGCCAUUAAAUAAUUUCCAUGGGCAACCACCAGCCCCCACUUUUUCAUGUCUCCUCGUCAACAGCUGGUUAAAAAAGUACAAUCUAAUGCUAUCUUCUUGGCAUUCUCAUUCACACGAGUUCAUUUCUGCCCCACCAGCAAUGAAUGCUUAUUUCCAUUGGUAUUCCAAUAGGUUGAUAAUCCAGCCAGAUAAAACAAUGGCCAGACUAAUUAUCUGAACCUUCAAACUGAUCUCAAGAAAUGAUAUUCAUACAAGUCUUUUAUUUAGAAGAAACCAGUUUCCGAAGGAGGUGUGUCUGAAUCGGAACCUCACUAGUCUAUUCUCAUUGAUGGGAAAACAUGGUUUCUGCUGCAUCUGAACUCUGCCAUUGUUUCACUAGCAAGGGCUCUAAUUAUUGGUCUCAUUGGGAGCACCCUUGCUUCUAAAAGUUGUGAUGUGCUCACCAGAGGGCAGCAAAGUAGUAUUAAUGCCUUGGGUAAUUUCCAUCAGAGUCAAACACAACUUUCCUGAAUCCGAUGUUCUUAAGACAUCAUGGAUUACAAAUCCCAAAUUUCCCAGUGAACAUAUCCAAUAGCCUUCUGCCUGAGAAUUCUGUGAGUUGUAAUCUAAGGCAACUGGAAGACAUCAGGUGGGGGAAGGCUGGCCAUGCUAUUCAGAAUAGGGAGACAGAUUAAUAGGCUAGAUCAAUAUUUCUCAAUCUUGGCAACUUG